UGCGGAAGUGGAUGAACCACAUGAACGGAAACUGAUCUGAUUGUGUCCCAAAACAUGGAUUAGAAGUCUUGUUUUUGUUGGAAAGUGUCGGGACCAUGUCCAACGCGGCGAGGAGCGGAGACCUGAUCCACUUGAACGUGGGCGGGAAAAGAUUCAGCACCUCCCGACAGACGCUCACGUGGGUUCCUGACUCCUUUUUCUCCAGUCUUUUGAGUGGGCGGAUCUCCACUUUGAAGGAUGAAACUGGAGCUAUCUUCAUCGACAGAGAUCCUUCUCUGUUUGCUCCAAUCCUCAACUUCCUGCGGACCAAAGAGCUGCACCCGCGCUCCAUCAGCGUGCACAUGCUCAUGCACGAGGCCGAGUUCUACGGGAUCACGCCUCUCGUACGUAAGCUGCAGCUGUGUGACGAGCUGGACCGCUCCUCCUGCGGGAACGUCCUGUUUAACGGCUACCUGCCGCCGCCGGUGCACCCCGCCAAGCGCCGCAACCGUCACAGCGUGGCCGGGUCGCAUUUCAUGGCGGGUCGAGCGGCGAUCGGCGAGAGAGCGCCGGUCCGACGCAGCAACACCAUGCCGCCUAACCUGGGGAACUCGGGGAUGAUGCCCAAGGCGGAGGAGAGGGUGUCUGGAGGACCUUCAUCGGAUCCCGGCUUGGUUCGAAUCGUCUGUGGGCAUCACAACUGGAUCGCGGUGGCGUACUCUCAGUUUGUGGCGUGUUACAGGGUGAAGGAGUCCACCGGGUGGCAGCAGGUCUUCACCUCUCCUCGCCUGGACUGGCUCAUCGACCGGGUAGCGCUCAACGCCAAGGUGAUGGGGGACAACGACAAGAUGGUGGCCGUGGCCUCGGGAACGGAGAUCAUCCUUUGGUCCGUCUGCCCCGACGGCAACGGGAACGAGAUCGGCGUUUUCAGCCUCAAUGUGCCGGUGGAGGCUCUCUUCUUUGUUGGUAGCCAGCUGAUCGCCACCAGUCACGCCGGGAAGGUCGGCGUGUGGAAUGCCGUCACCAAACACUGGCAGAACCAAGAUGUUGUUCCCAUCAGCAGCUACGAAACGGCCGGCUCUUUCCUCAUCCUCGGAUGCAACAACGGAUCCAUCUCCUACAUUGACGUUCAGAAGUUUCCUCUGAGGAUGAAGGACAACGAUCUGCUGGUGACAGAACUUUAUCGAGAUCCUACUGAGGACGCCAUCACCGCACUCAGCGUUUACCUCACACCCAAAACCAGCGACAGCGGCAACUGGAUCGAGAUUGCGUACGGAACCAGUUCGGGAGCUGUGCGCGUGAUCGUGCAGCACCCGGAGACGGUGGGCUCGGGCCCGCAACUCUUCCAGACCUUCUCGGUGCACCGCAGCCCCGUCACCAAGAUCAUGCUUUCCGAGAAGCACCUCAUCUCAGUGUGCGCCGACAACAACCACGUCCGCACGUGGACCGUGACCCGCUUCCGGGGGAUGAUCUCCACUCAGCCGGGAUCCACGCCGCUCACCUCCUUCAAGAUCCUCAGCCUGGAUGAAGUGGACGGGCAGGGAGGCUGCAGCGCCGGCACAGAGAUAGGGCCGUAUGGAGAGAGAGACGACCAGCAGGUGUUCAUCCAGAGAGUGGUCCCGGAUACCGACAAACUCUAUGUCAGGCUGUCGUCCAACGGGAAGAGGGUGUGCGAGGUUCGCUCGGUGGACGGCACGCCCAUCACGGCGUUCGUGGUGCACGAGUGCGAGGGUUCGAGUCGGAUCGGCUCGCGUCCACGGCGCUACCUGUUCAGCGGCCACGCCAACGGAAGCAUCCAGAUGUGGGACCUCACCACCGCCAUGGAGAUCGCGGGAAAGGUGGACAUCCGAGCACUGGGCGGGCCAACGGAGGAGGAGCUGCUGGAGCUUUUGGACCAAUGUGACCUCGCUCUCACCAGAACUCCUGACAGCACGCCCAGGACCUCCACAUGCAGUCUUUCUUCAAGUUUGUGUGAAGGCCUCCGAGCAGAUCGUAUUUGCUCUUCUGGAAGAGGAGGAGGAGGAGGAGGAGGAAGAGUAGAAGCAGGGGGUGGGUCCUCUUCUCUCUGCGGCGGGCUUCCUCGCCAGGCGCCGCCCUCCGCCCCCAUCGCCAAGUCCGUCCCAUCCUCGGGACCGCCGCCCUCCUUCGCCUUCGCCGCCUACGGACCUCAGCGCCUGUCGGGUUCAAGCCCGCGCCUCCGUCGGCAGGCGGAGUGCGGGUGGGCCCGCGGGGGAGGUUUAGGUGAGCGCGAAUGCGGGUGGGCGCGCAGGGGGAGUUUCGUGGAGCGUUGCCAGGAGCUGGCCAAGGGGUCCGAGACGGGGGUGGGUGGUGCCGAGAGCGGGAGGCGCAGUCUGGCCGUGUGCAGUGAGCUAGAGGCGCGCUUCGGCCUGAGGACGCCCGCCCCCCGGCGCCCCCACUCCGGGGCGCCUUCGUCCCUGACGCCGUCGCCGCAAGGCGGGACCCCCGCCGCGCCGACUUCCCCCGCCGGCGCGGCCUCGGGGUCUACCGGCCCGACGCGCUCGCAGACGGCCGCCUCGGGUCGCCGCAACGCCGCCCCCGUGUCCCCCGUCGCUUCUCCGUCGUCGGACGCCGCCCCGUCGCCCGAAAGCCCGCCCGGUGCGGACAGCGCCUCCGCCGCGGCCCCGACGACUGGCCCCAAAGCGCACAUGAACGAAACCAGCUUCUGACGGGCGAAGUGACGGGCAGGAACCUCCACCUGCAGGUACACGCGCAAUCGCACUAAACACACGCACACAAAUUUCCACAUGCACACGCCAAACCUUCAGACGCAUACCCGACACGAGCGUCUCGCCAGCUGCUGAAGGCCCAUGUGACAGGAAGUGCCGCUGGGUUGCCGCUUCUUGUCCUGGAUUGCCAUGGUUACCACGUCAACAAGCCAGCAAAAAAAAAAAACUUGUCGCCAAAGCUGCCUGUCAAUCAAAUAUCCUAUUCCUCGAAUGGCCCCUCCCCCUUGUGACGGCUAACUGGAAGCAAUGAGCUUCUAUCUGUGUGACAGGGGGCGCUAGGGAGCAUCGAGCUUUUGAACGUCGCAAUGUUUUGUUCAGCUCACCAAAACAACACCAGUCUGUUUUCUCUCAUUCCUACACGUGUUUAUCAUUUGGACAUCAUUUUGUAAAUAAUAGACUUUCUCUUUAUUGUCAUUGUAAGAACAAUAAAUAAAAUAAGGAUUCCUGAGACUAA